GAGCUUUAUAUUUAUGACCCUGUGUUGCCCCACCAAGACCACUUGCAUACAUCCGCAGUUCAGUCCAAGCCAAGCACUUUCAUUCAUACAACGUCAUAUUGAAGAGCGAGAGAAGCACGACAUCUGACACGGCGUGGGAGAGAUGUCGAAACAAUAUUUGACCACGCAUACCGUGGAUAAUGCCCACAUCACCGACAUCUUUUCCAUUGCGACGACAUCUAAAGCUGUGAUAUCAGGCAGUGGAUCUUCUACGCUUCACAUUCAUGACACAACUGAUCCUUCGUUCCCACUCAAGCAGUCCAUCUCAGAUGCACACAAGCUGGGGUGUCAUCACGUGUGCACCUCACGGAAUGGCAACGUCGCAGCGAGUGCUGGAUUUGGCGGCGAGGUGAAAAUUUGGAAAGUCGACAGCGACACUGGCGAAUGGAGUUUGAAUGGCGAGAUUACAGGAUCUUCAUCUAAGCCUGGCGAAGCCUGGGCUAUGGCAUUGAGUGAGAAUGGAUCUUACCUUGCUACUACUACCAACGAUGGCCGAGUCAACGUCUGGGAUGUUAUGGAUGAGAAGAAGCCCAAGAUUCGUGAGUACGAAACCGGAAGUGCUGGAUCUGGUAGCUUUGGCAUGUCAGUGGACUUGAGCCGGGAUGGGAAAUACACUGCCAGCGGCCACCAGAAUGGAUCUGUCUACAUUUUCAACAAUGAUACAGGAAGAGUCCUGUACUCAUUAUCUGGUCUCGCAAAGCCUGUACGAUCAGUUACCUUUUCUCCUGGUAACACUCGACUUGCUGCAGCAGGUGACGCUGGAAUCAUUGCACUCUACGACAUGAAACACGGAGAACAUGUUGGGAACCUGACUGGACACUCUUCGUGGAUCACAUCACUCGACUGGAGCGAUACUGGAGAGUACCUGCUAAGUGGUUCAAUGGAUGGAAAGGUCAAGGUAUGGUCAAUUGAGCGAAGCGCGUGUGUGGCAACCCAUAGUGAGACGGACAAAGCUCUUUGGUCUGUAAAGUGGCUACCGAAGACUGUCAGAAGCGAGAUGUUCUGCACUGCUGGCGCAAACAGGAGCCUUUCGUUCUAUCGAGAGGCUACUGGUGGUUGAUCAUGGUAUAAUAGAAAUGGGAAGCUCUCGGUGAUGAGACAAUUCGAUCACCAAGACAAAGCCAGAAAAGAUUGACAUCACAAGCUCAUAUUAUCAUGUUUGACUAACAGCUUGUAUAUGUGAACUUGAUGGCAUCAAUACGAUAAGUCGGUUGCAAUGAAAUCCACAAGCUGAGGAUAAGACCAGGAAUUCUAGCAGUACCUAAUUGACCGGCCUGGGCUGUUGUGAGUUUAAAUAAGGAUCAUUGCUAAUUCAUGUCAUUCGAAAC